AUGAAGGGUAUUUACUCUGUGGCUUUGGCUUCGGCCAUCACUGGCGCUCUCGCCGCUCCUACUCCUGCCGACAACGGCCCAUUGGCUGCUCGUGCAGCAUGCUCCAGCCCAGUCACGCUGACUGGCAACCCCUUCACUGGCCGCAAGAUCUACGCCAACAAGUUCUACGCCGAUGAGGUUAACAAGGCUGCGGCAGCCAUGACUGACUCAACUUUGGCAGCAGCCGCUAAGAAGGUUGCUGAUGUAGGAACCUACUUCUGGAUUGACACCCGUGCCAAGAUCGCCAUGAUCGAGGACGAGCUCAAGAACGUUUCCUGUGACCAGAUUGCCGCGUUCGUCAUCUACGACCUGCCCGGUCGUGACUGUGCCGCCAAGGCGUCCAACGGUGAACUCGCCGUGGGUCAACUUGACGUGUACAAGACGGAGUACAUUGACCCUAUUGUGGCCAUCUUCAAGAAAUACCCCAACACGGCUAUCUCUCUCAUCAUCGAGCCAGACUCUCUGCCCAACUUGGUCACCAACGCCAACGUCCAGGCAUGCCAGCAGUCAGCUUCUGGCUACCGCGAUGGUGUCGCGUACGCUCUCAAGCAGCUCAACCUCCCCAACAUUGCCAUGUACAUUGAUGCCGGCCACGGCGGCUGGCUCGGUUGGGACGACAACAUCAAGCCCGGUGCCAAAGAACUCGCCACGGUCUACAAAGCCGCCGGCAGCCCCAAACAAGUGCGCGGCAUCAGCACCAACAUCGCAGGCUGGAACGCCUGGGACCUCUCCCCCGGAGAAUUCGCAAACUCGGCCGAUGGAAAAUACAACAAGGCCCAGAACGAAAAACUCUACAUCGGCCUCAUCAGCCCCGAGCUGGUCAAGAACGGCAUGCCAGGCCAAGCAAUCGUUGACACAGGCCGCAACGGCGUCACCGGUCUGCGCGCAGAGUGGGGCGACUGUCUCGUGGAUAGCUUUGUUUGGGGCAAACCUGGUGGUGAGAGCGAUGGCACGAGCGAUAGUAGUGCGACGCGGUAUGACUCUUUUUGCGGGAAGAGUGAUGCGUAUAAGCCUAGUCCUGAGGCGGGACAGUGGAAUCAGGCGUACUUUGAGAUGUUGGUUAAGAAUGCUAAACCGGCUUUUUAA